AUGACUACUCGUCGAGGUAUCCCAGGUGAGUUGGAUAUUGCUUCGUUGGAUAACUCCGCCGCGAACGUCAGUGUCGCGAGCGUUGAGGAAGUCGACUCCGCCCCUGCACCAGGUGCUGCAGGCGAGCGCGUUGAGCCGCCGUCCGUUCCCUCGGUAGGGAACGCUGACGCACGCCCCGUGGUUCACGGUGAGGCAAUGGCACCGAGGGACCAGGCGCUCCUUCGUCGCCGCCGUCUUCGCGCACCUCGACCCCUUCCUUCACACUUCGGCGAGUAG